CCAGGUUUCUUAGGCAGCCACAGUCAUGGGGGAGACGGCCCGCAGUGCCGCGGGCUCCGCGCCUGGGGCGGCGGCUUCCGCCGAAGCUCCGCUGCAGUACAGCCUUCUUCUGCAGUACCUGGUGGGUGACAAGCGUCAGCCCCGGCUCCUGGAGCCUGGGAGCCUGGGCGGGAUCCCGAGUCCGGCCAAGAGUGAGGAGCAGAAGAUGGUCGAGAGGGCGAUGGAAAGCUGCGCCUUCAAGGCGGCGCUGGCCUGCUUGGGAGGAUUUGUCUUGGGAGGUGCAUUUGGGGUGUUCACUGCUGGCAUUGAUACCAAUGUGGGCUUUGACCCUAAGGAUCCUUACCGCACACCUACAGCAAAAGAAGUUCUUAAAGACAUGGGGCAGAGAGGAAUGUCCUACGCCAAAAAUUUUGCCAUCGUGGGCGCCAUGUUUUCUUGCACUGAGUGUUUGGUAGAAUCUUACCGGGGAAAAUCAGAUUGGAAGAACAGUGUCAUCAGUGGCUGCAUCACUGGAGGAGCCAUUGGUUUCAGAGCUGGCGUAAAGGCUGGGGUCAUUGGUUGUGGAGGUUUUGCUGCUUUCUCUGCUGCGAUCGAUUAUUACCUACGGUGAGAGCAGUUGCCUCCAGGGAAGGAUGAUGCCAGCCCAGGAUCAGAGCUGUUCUGUGUAGGGCAGUGUCUGCACCAUGCCGGGGCACUUGCUUCAGAGACUGAAGACAUUUGUUUUCCCUCACAUAGUUGGUGUCGUGAGGGAGCUGCCUGGCUGCAAUCUGCCACCUCUGAGCUGCCACGCUCUCUGCUCCUGGACUCCAGCCAGGCUGUGGGGGGCUGUGCCACGCCAGCCGCUCUCUUUCGGGCAGAUCAGGAGUCAGCGUGUUGACCUGUAGGAGUUGAGUCCCGCAGACGUUCAGUCCUGACCACAACUGGCCCUCUGGUGGUUUGGUGCCGUGGGAAUGGAGGGGACUUCACAUAUACCCGGGAAGCUGUUCUACCUUGGACCUCCAUGCCGUCAUCCAUCUCACACACUGGGGCAGGGCAAAGUGAAUUUAUGCCAUCCGACCAAUGAUGUCAUUUUGUUUAGUGUUCUGCCUUGUUAAAAAACAUAUAUAUAUAUGUAUUUAUAUUACAGUUUAAAAGGUUG